UAUCAGAACAUGGCAGAAACCAAUGGGAGCAGAUGUGACCUAGAAAACUUCCAAAUCAACUCCCAGGCAGUGAAGGAGCUGUGGGUCAGCGCCCUCCUUGGGGUGGCCAACAAGUUACCCAAGGCCAACCUGCUCCUGCUUCAGCACUUGUUGUCCCUGCUCAGUGACAUCAGCAGGAAUGUGGCCACAAGCAAGAUGACAUCCGGGAACCUGGCCAUCUGCUUGGCACCAAACCUGCUCAGCCCACCCCAGGAGCUGCCCCUGGACAUCCUGGCGCAGGAGACCCAGAAGGUGACACAGCUCUUGGAGUUCCUCAUUGACCAGUACGAGGAACUCCUCAUUGACCAGCACAAGGAACUCCUUGGGGAGGAGGUGGCUGGGCUGGCCAGUGAGGGGGAAGAGGAGCCACCAGCACCACAGGCAGAGCCAGAAACAGCAGAGGUGCCUCCUGUAGCUUCUGAAAGCAAACACCCAAGGAGCUUUUCUAGGGAGAAAAGGUUGCCAGGCUCUGCACAAGAGAGCAGAAGGUGCCAAGCAACCUGUGAAGAGGGCAGUGACGGGCCACUCUGCAGGAAGAGGAGCAGGUUGUCAACAGAGCUCUCAGGGGUGGGCAACUGAAGAAAUCCAAGCAGGGGAAGAAGAACAAGGAGCCCAGGUGCCCAUUUCCCUUUGCUGUGUGGAUUUCCCGGAUGAGCUCUGCCACCUGGCCUUGGAGUUCCACCAUGUGGCCCCAGCACCACCUCGGCGGCAGCGAGGACAGAGUCACUGUAUCCUUCUGCUCUGGCCAGAAGGUUCCACCAGCUCGCCCUGGAGCCAGAGCAGCGCCCUCAGGCCCAUCCCAGCCCUCAGGCCUUGCUGGCUCACUCCUCGGCUCUGCUAGCAAACGCCCACACGCUGGCACACCUCCCCAGGUGGGGAGCUGGCCUGUGGACUUCAGUUUACACAUGGCCAUGAAGACUCUCUGAGGAGGACAGUGGGACCAACACUUAUGCUGGGCUGCAUGUUUAUUACUGUGCUUAUUACUAUGUUACUGUGCUUAUUAAUGUGUUUAUUACUCUAUUAGUAUGGUUUUUAGAAACAAAUUUUAGGGUACUUUAGGAUGUAUUUUAGGAAGCUCGUUAUAAGAUAACCUGCAAAAGUAGUGUCUUAGCUCCCUUUCCUCCCCUUAAGCCAAUAUAGAUAUAAUGAUAGGAGUUCUGGUUUAGUGGUUUUGUAAUUUAGACAGUAGUUAUUUCAUAGAAUCAUGGAGCAGUUAGGGUUGGAAAGGACUUCCAGUAACUUCAUGUUAUUUCACAAGACUAGUCUUAGAGUGACUUUUCAGCUAUAUUAGUAAAAGAGCAGAAGAAUUACAAAAGCCAUAUCUCUCUACCUUGCCAUCUGCAUCCUGCAGAAUGCAAAAUGGAAAAGAAAGUAUACUGAGAAAGUCUGUGAAUGACUCUCUCAAAGAAAUGACAGAAAGAUGUUUUUAUUUGCAGCUACUCAGUCUGGGCAGAGAGA